AUGUUCGAAAUGGAGACCCACGUUUCGUGCCUUUUCCCGGAGAUACUGGCCAUUAUCUUCAGCUACCUGGACGUGAAGGACAAAGGGCGGGUGGCCCAGGUGUGCAUGGCGUGGAGGGACGCGUCCUACCACAAGUCGGUGUGGCGGGGGGUGGAAGCCAAGUUACAUCUACGCCGGGCCAACCCGUCCCUCUUCCCCAGCCUACAGACCCGCGGAAUCAAGAAGGUCCAAAUCUUGAGCUUGAGACGCAGCCUGAGCUACGUGAUCCAGGGCAUGCCCCACAUCGAGAACCUGAACCUGUGCGGUUGCUUCAAUCUGACCGACAACGGUUUGGGCCACGCCUUCGUGCAGGACAUCCCGUCACUGCGGGUGCUCAACUUGAGUUUGUGCAAGCAGAUCAGCGACGCCAGUCUUGGCCGCAUCGCCAGGCACCUGAAGAACCUGGAGGUCCUGGAGCUAGGCGGCUGCAGCAACAUCACCAACGCAGGGCUCCUCCUGGUGGCCUGGGGCCUGCACCGUCUCAAGAGCCUCAACCUUCGCAGCUGCCGGCACGUGUCGGACGUAGGCAUCGGGCACCUGGCGGGCAUGACGCACAGUACCGCUAAGGGCUGCCUGGCGCUGGAGAAGCUCACGCUUCAGGACUGCCAGAAGCUCACCGACCUGUCUCUCAAGCACGUGGCCAAAGGUCUCGGCGGCCUCAAGGUGCUGAAUCUCAGCUUCUGCGGCGGCAUCUCGGACGCCGGCAUGAUCCACGUGUCUCGCAUGAGCCGGCUGGGCAGCCUCAACCUGCGCUCCUGCGACAACAUCAGCGACACGGGUGUCAUGCACCUGGCCAUGGGCUCGCUGCGACUCUCCGGCCUGGACGUGUCCUUCUGCGAUAAAAUCGGCGACCAGAGCUUGGCUUACGUGGCGCAGGGCCUCUACCGCCUCAAGUCGCUCUCGCUGUGCUCCUGCCACGUCAGCGACGACGGGAUCAACCGCAUGGUGAGGCAGAUGCACGAGCUCAAGACACUCAACAUAGGGCAGUGCGUGCGCAUCACCGACAAGGGCUUGGAGCUCAUCGCAGACCACUUGACGCAACUGACGGGCAUCGACUUGUACGGCUGUACUAAGAUCACCAAGAGAGGGCUGGAGAGGAUCACGCAGCUGCCUUGCCUUAAAGUGCUCAAUCUGGGUUUGUGGCAGAUGACCGACAGUGACCGCGUCAGGUGA